CGCCUUCCUCUGCCCCCGCCCCCAGCUCCGCGCUGCAGUGCCUUCCCCACCGCGGCCCCGCCCGCCCCCUCCGAGCCUAACAGAGGGCGGUGGCGGCGGCUGCUGCUGGAACGGACCGGGAGGAGGAGGCGGCGAGGAUGGCGGCAGCGUCGUGGGCGCGGCGGAGAUGAGUGCCCGCGGCCCCAGGCCCAGGGCGGCGUGGCCGGAGUGGGCAGGGGUCCCGAUGCAGGCCCGAGGGGGGCCAUGGGGCAGGUCCUGCCGGUCUUCGCCCACUGCAAAGAAGCUCCGUCUACAGCCUCCUCUACCCCUGACUCCACGGAAGGAGGGAACGACGACUCGGAUUUUCGGGAGCUGCACACAGCCCGGGAAUUCUCGGAGGACGAUGAGGAAGAGACCACGUCCCAGGACUGGGACACCCCCCGGGAGCUGACCUUCUCGUACAUCGCCUUUGACGGCGUGGCAGGUGCCGGGGCGCGCCGGGAUUCAGCUGCACGCCGCCCCCGGCCCCAGGGCCGCUCAGUCUCCGAACCGCGAGACCCGCCCCCACAACCUGGCCUGGGCGACAGCUUGGAGAGCAUCCCCAGCUUGAGCCAGUCCCCGGAACCCGGGCGCCGCGGUGACGCUGACACUGCCCCUCCGGCCGAGCGCCCUCUGGAGGACCUGGGGUUCCAGUUAGACCAGCUGGGCUGGAAGGCCCAGGGAGCCGGGUACCAGGAGGACUCCGCCACCAGUAGUUCCACCCCGCUGGAAGACGAGGAGCUCAACGGAUCAGAGACAGGGAAAGAACUGGACCUACAACUCGGACUCGCUCAGCCCUCCCCGCCCGAAGUCUUGACUGCACAGCCUACUACUGGCUUUGGGACCCCCCAGGAUCGUACCCCAUCUGAAUCCCGGGAUUCAAACUCUUGGCCUGAUGAGCCCUCGCUGGACGAGAAAGAGGAACAGCCGUGGGGGCAGCUGGAACGGGAGCCAAUCACAGGGCAGUGCCUCGAUAGCACGGACCAAUCAGAAUUCACAUUGGAACCACACCUUCUAGGUAAACUGCUUGAGUGGAGAAAGGACAGCCUGGUUGUUACUGUUUACAAAGAGAGCCACCCCUUUUUGAAAGUGUCCCCACCUCUAUGGCGAGCCAUUGGCUGGGUACAGAGGGGCCCCGCCCCGCUACUCCCUCCUCUGGUUCCACUGAAGUGGGCGAAAUCCCCGAGAAGCAGCGGUGUCCGCAGCCUCUCACUCGGAGCAGAGAUGGGGAGUAAAGUGGUGGACCUGCUGUACUGGAAGGACACGAGGACAUCAGGAGUGGUCUUCACAGGCCUCAUGGUCUCCCUGCUGUGCCUCCUGCACUUUAGCAUCGUGUCUGUGGCAGCCCAUGUCGCCCUGUUGCUGCUCUGUGGCACCAUCUCUCUCAGGGUUUACCGAAAAAUGCUGCAUGCCGUGCACCGGGGGGACGGUGCCAACCCCUUUCAGGCCUACUUGGACGUGGACCUGACCCUGACUCGGGAGCAGACAGAACGUUUGUCCCAGCAGAUUGCCUCUCAAGUGGUCUCUGCAGCUACCCAGUUGCGGCAUUUCUUCCUGGUAGAAGACCUCAUAGACUCUCUCAAGCUGGCCCUUCUCUUCUACAUCUUGACCUUCGUGGGUGCCGUCUUCAAUGGUUUGACUCUUCUCAUUCUGGGAGUAAUUGGUUUAUUCACCGCCCCCUUGCUGUAUCGGCAGCACCAGGUGAGUGUGACAGACCCUCAGUUGGCAGUAUCCCAGCCAAACAUGGGUGGCUGCCCUCUAUAGUCAGGGUCCCAUUGA